AUGCCCCCUGGGCAAAACAGUCCUGGCGGUAGCCUCAAAGAGCCAACGGCCAGGAUCAAUACAAAUCGUCUCCUCACCAACCACCACCAUCAUCAUCACCACCAUCACCAUCAUCCCCACCACCAUCAACAACAGCAACAGCAGUUACAUCCCGGGCAUAUCCAGUCAGCAUCAAAUAAUGCUAUGCAUCAGAGUCCUGCCUCUUCAUUCCUCGGCGUUGGUCACUCUGCCGACGAUGGUCUGACCAGCAGCAACCACCAUAGCAACUCAAUUGAGGCGACAAGUGGUACCGAAUACGAUAGCAGCCUUCCCACGGUUGUCUGCUCUCAACCAGGGUGCGGAAAGGAGUUUCGAAAUCGGUCUAGCUUGAUUAAGCAUCUUGCUCAUCCACGAAUAAUUCCACUUGGUCUGUCUCCAUUAUUAAGUCAGUCUGGCUAUCGGUCUCUGACGGCCAACAUAAAUUCGCCGAGCUAUUCGUCAAUUAACGAUGCUCCCCUUCAUGGCGAUACUGAAAUGCUUCAUUUUAGCUCUGACAAAUGGGCAUCUCCUUAG